AUGGAUACAGAACGCUUGAAAUUGCCUGUGACCGGUGAUACUGCUCUUUCGGCACCUUUGAACGGUGAUCGUACGCCUUCGAAACGAGGGCAUCGCCACAAGAGAUCCUUUGCGAUAUCUCAGGAUCUCGAUUUGGUCAAAUUGGCUAUACCGGGAACGCCUCAGGAAGGAGAUUCCGUUCGCCGUGGAAGCGUAGCGUCGCCUCUACAAAAUCAAGAUAUGAGCCCGCGGUUUUUCAUGAGCGAGGAAUCGACUUAUUCUCACGACGUGCCAAACGCUAUCAUAGACCUAGACGAGGCACUCACAACCAAACCACGAUCUUUUGCAUCUCAUCGCAGGGCUGAAUCUGCUCCUGCGCAACUGAUCUUACCUUUCAGGAUUGAACCUCCAAAUGCACAGACGCAAGCACCAUUGCGAAUAGACGAAGAGGAAGACUCGGAAAGCGACAACGAACUGGGCUCGCAGGAUGCUCUGAUGUCGCCACUACGAGCAAAGUCCCAGUCACCUUUUCUCAAAGACUGCUCUGUGACAGAGUCGCCAAAGCUGCCAAUGAGAAAUCAAUACAACAAUAAUUCCCUCAAGAUAAACAAACAGAAAGAAAGGUAUCUUAACUACACGAAGCAUCUCCCUGCAGCUAGUCCGCAAGCUAUGCACCAAAUGUACCCCCAAGAGCCAUCCUUUUCAUCCUUGUCGUCCGAUUUCAGUUCAGGAACUAGUACAGCAGGCGUCACAUAUUCACCUAAUACUCCUAUCAUUUCAAUGUCGAAGUUUGGAAACAGAACGCCAAGUCCGCGAAAAACGUUCAAAUUCGAGAGUCAAGUUUACGAUUUACCGCCUAACGGCGGUGCGUUUAUCAAUAGCGACGAAGAGCCACGACAAGAAGCUAAGAUCGGCGAUGGUGAUACCUUAACGUGCACCGUAACAAAUUUAACCGGUGAGAACAUGCACAGAAAGUCCAAGAGCGCAUCAGCUUAUGAAAGUUCGGAGGUAUUUCGUAUUUCUAGGGAAAUCUUGCAUGGCCAGCCCGGAGACAGUGUGGAUUUAUCGCGGCUUGCAAAACCUGCUACGAGAGCUGUUGCAGACUCGCCGUCCAAAGCAACCUUGGCUGCCAGCGAACAUCGCACCGUGAGCGACAGCGCUGUCGCGCACGAAGUGACCAAUUCUCACUCUCGUAGACGGAGGGGCAAGUUCAACAUUCUUUUCACGAUUUUCUCACGAUUCAAGGGCUCAAAGUGA